AGCAGACGACAAUCCGAGCAGACGACAGGCGACAGUCAAAGAAGAAUAUGGUGGCCUCCCUGACCCUCGCGUUUUGUCUCUCAGCUGUGACGUGUGUUUUCGCCUUCCCAAAUGGUGCACCGGCAGAAUUGUGCGGAAGUCCACUCGGACGCCCCAUGCACAACGAGACGCUACCACAGAGUACAUGUAGCCCGUUUCAAAUAGUUGUGAACGCAACGGAAUACGGACCAGAGCAGCCAAUCAACAUCACCAUCCACGGCAACGGCCUCCCCUUCCGAGGCUUCCUGGUCACAGCCGACACGACGACGGGGAUGUUUGACGGUACCUGCCUCAACACCUCAGCCGACGCCAAGGCCGUCCCCAACUGCGGCAUGACUCACUCCAGCAGUGUCGACAAGACGUCGGUGACACUGUUGUGGUACCCUCCUACCAUCGUGCACGUCGGAAGCAUCCAGUUCAAGCUGGUGGUCGUCAAGGAGUAUUCGACAUAUUGGUCUGAUGUACGUUCAUCCGUGCUGACACCAAGUAAAACAGGAUAUUACUCAUUAACAGACAUGUGGGAGCUUGGGUGGUUCAAUCCCGGGUCCUCUCUUGGCGGUCACAAUAAUCACGCAGGAUCAGGGCGAGUUCACAUGCCUUCAGCAGGCAGACAGUUCGCUUGAGGCACACCAAAAACAAGAGAAACAAGCAAUAUUCCUCUAAACCUCGACCGUCAGCCCGACCUCACCCGACCGCGCCCUUUGUGUUGUACGAUACAUGUCUUUAAUGAAUUUGGAGAAUCGUUUAACGUGUGUCUGUGAUUUUAUGUCAUCCACACAUGCAAGUCACUUGACACGCCACAAUCAGAGUUUUUGUUUAGUCAAAGACUAACAGGUUACAAUUUAAUACAAAAUAUGUAUGUUUUGACAUGGACUUCAAUUCAGACCAUGGUUAUUUCUAAAUUUGUGCCUUGGGAGAGAGAGAUGGAGAGCUGAUACAUGUCAUCAUCGACUUACGUGUUCACAGUCUUGCUGUAAGUCCAAGGCUAUUAGCAGUCAUCACAAACCACGUUUGGUAAAGACAACCCCCGGUCACAAGAAAUUAGACCAGGGCCCACUUGCACAAGAUAACCUUAAGGCUACUAUUGUAAAUCCUAUACUUUUACACAGGUUUACAUUAGUCUUAGCGCGAAGAACAGUUUGUGCAUGUGAGUCCAGAGAUUCAGAUGAAACCGCUCGGACAUCUACCAGACAAUCUCUUUGCUUGAAGCUCGUUUAGGACGUCUCGCCCGAUGCUGUCACAGGAACUCACUUUAUAUUUCUGACUGAAUCUUGAUGUUUCCGGCGCUUUACAACUUCUGUUUGCGAUAUGUGAAUAAACUGUCUUUUGUAUGAGUUCCUAUUAUGGACAUGGAUGUCAAUUUCUUGUGCUGGCAUGUACAUUUACAUACCCGCUCUAGAUUUCCGAAAUUGGUACAAUGUGAAGGACUUUCUUUAUGUAGCCGCCGUGAUGUUGAUGGAAUACCUUUUGGAGUAUUAAUGAUGAAACCUGUUUAA